CUAGCUAUCGAGAGCAUCCUCACAAGACGAGUGACUAGAGUAGAAGAACCAUUUGUUGGUCUUUCGGUCGUCACGACAUUAUCGAGUUUGGCUAUGUAGCAUGCACAGUCUUCAGCCCUUGCGGCCGACAAUUAUACACCUGGGACAUCAUAGAGGUGCAACAAGAUGCCUCGCCGAUUCGGGAAGGCCCACGAUGGCGGCGACUAGAACGCGGAUGAGGUUCAGAUGUACGACUGACAUUGACGUACUUGGAUAUGGCUACGGCUACGCCUGUAGCAACCUCGCCGCUCGUCUCUCGUUCAGCACUCACAGUUUCCUCAAAAUGAAACAUCAACCGGCCCUCCCUCCUCGUCCUUCCUUACCGGACGAUGAACUCAAGCAUACCUUUGUGAAAGGGACGGGCCCUGGAGGACAAAAAAUAAACAAGACGAACUCGGCGGCUCAAGUCACCCACCUCCCCACCGGAAUCGUGGUCAAGUGUCAGGCGACACGGAGCCGAAACGACAAUUUCAAAAUCGCAAAACGGAUCCUCGCGGAAAAGGUCGAGUUUCUGAGCAAAGGGGAGGAGAGUCGGGUGGCAAAAGUCGUGGACCGGGCGAGACGGAAAAAGGCGAGUCGGGUGAAGAAGAGUAGGAGAAAAUACAAAAAGUUGAACCAGCCCGGGGGCGAAGGGGAGAAUCGUGAGGAGGAUGAGGAAGAGGACGAUGAGGAAUAUGAGCACAUGGGAGACCUAGAGGAAGAGCAUGAGCGAGAUACGGAAAGAGAGGGAAUAGCAUCGGUUGGUGGUGUUGAUGUUGGGCGAACCGAUGUGAAGAAGACGACAUUGCCAUGCCAUAACAUCAAGUCAACGGACGGCCAUGAAGAAAAGCGUUCGACGUAAUACAAUACAAACAACAAAACCAACACCACACCGAAUGUCGGCCAUCAACGAGCUCCCCUCUUGGAUACUGUAACCAUCACAUACGUCCACCGGCCGAUCAGGUCCUGACGGCUCCAUCGUGUACCCGUAACUCACCUUAAGAAUGAUACUGCCUGCUUAUGUGCAGAUCAGCCGCAAUACGUCGAGUGGUCAUUCAGAUCCCUUUGAACAAGAACAGCGCUGUCUCGGUCUCGAUGUUGCUGGAUAGCAGGGCCAGUUACGUGGGACGAGUGCAAUGAUCCCGUUACGCGCGGAUGCGAGAUGAGGAGGGCACCAUGGCCGGUCCAUAUUCCCAGCCGCAUAACUUGGAGCCGAAGGCGAAGCUGGCCUGGGAUGAUAUUGCCGAGGAGCGCUUUCCUUCCAGGGAGGUCCGGAACGAUGGACAGUGAAGAUGCGAUGAUGAUGGUCUGGCCGAGCGCCUUCACAGAGAUUAAGGGCCCGUAUGUCUUGGAUUGCUUGGGCCAGUGAAGCCAGGGUUUCGCGGGGGCGGGAGGUAUGUGAGGCAUGUUGUCUAUCAAUGGGAUGUUUUGGGACCGGGAGGGAGUGGGAUGUACGAAUUGAUCUUGGAAUAGAGACAAUGAUAGAUCAAGGCAAUAGGCGGUGAAAAGAAAGAGGGCAGCGAGCAAGAAUUGUUCUAGGUGUCAACGAAUACAUGAUCGAGAUACAGGUGUCGUUUUGCGAUGCCUGACAAGAAACAUGUCCAGAGGGUGUGAUAUAUACCUGGUACAUACACACAGAUGCUCGUGCUCAUCCACUCAGUCAUCUUUGUAUGCGCUAUCCCCUUUCGCAAGGAUCUCAGGUUCUACAAUGUCCCAUCAUACUGGGUAAGAGGUAGAUAGAUAGCUAGCUCCGCCCAUACAUCAGCCCACCUAUGUAAUCAAAGG